AUGAUGUCAACCUCAGUAGGUGCCACCCGACUCGCGUGUGUUUCUUCAUGUGGACUGACCAAGGUCUGUCCCGUUCAGGAUGCUUCAUGUCCGCAAGAUGUUGCUUGUAGCGGAGGCGCAAAGGUUGACUCGUUUCCCCAAUAUAGAAUGAUGGGCAUUCCUUGCAUGCAAUUUUGUAUACUACACCCUUCAUUCUCCGCCACCUCCCUUGCAUACCUCACAGUCGUUAACCUCACAUCCGCAGUCGUACAGUCUUGA